UCUAACAGCAUCCGAGCACGCUGCCCUCGGCUGCCUGGAUGCAGCAUCAUCACCAGCAGCAGCAGCAGCACCAGCAGCAGCAGGAGCAGCAACAUCAGUUGCAUCUACACCAAUCCUGUUCAGAUCUGGGUCUGCAGCAGCACCAGCAUCAGCUGCAGCUAGAGCUCCAGCAGCAUCGGCAGGACUAUGCCAGCGGGACGCUGGGCGGUGGCGUGGGCGUGGGCGUGGGCGGGCCAGUGCAUCACACAAUAUCUUAGCCAAUAACGAAACCAUGAUAGCAACCUGUAAAAUAUCAAUGAAAAAACAAUUGACAAAAUCCAACAAGAGAAGAGAAGAAAACUUAAAAGCUAUGGCGAGAAUUUUGUACAUUUUAAAAUAAUAUGAAUAUGUUUACCAACGUGAAUAAAGUCGUUCUAAAAUUUAGUCUAGCUACUAUCUAAACACACACACAAAUACAAAAUCUAUAAAA